AUGGCAUCCCGAAUCCCGCCGCUGCUGGACCCCUACCUGCGGCUGCCGCCGGAGGCCUCGCUCGUGCUGCUGACGGGGGUGCUGGGGUCGACGACGAACUGGCUCGUGCAGCGGUACCUGCAGCGGCUGCUGGCGGCGUCCGCGCCGCCGCCGGAAGACGAGGCCGCCGCCGUCGUGCUCGCCAGCUUCCUGCGCGGCCACGCCUUCUGGCGCGACGGCGCCGCCCGGCUCGGCGUCGACCUCGACGCGCUCGCCGCCAGGGGCCGCUUCGUCUUCGUCGACGGCCUGACACGUCUGUUCCGCGACGCGGCCCCGUCGGGCGCCGCUAUCCCUCCCCCCUCCGCGUCCGAGCUACCCGCCGCUGCUGGCCCCACCGCCCAGCGCCGCGUCUUGUCCGCGCCCACGCUCCAGCGCCUGCGCCGAGAGCUCGACGACGCCGUGGCCCAGGUCCGCCGGACCGCCCCGGACCGCCCCGUCGUGCUGGUCGCCGACCAGCUCGACUUGCUGCUCGCCGCGUCCGGGGACGAGAUCUCGAGCGCGGCGCUCCGGGAGACGCUGCUCUCCGUUCGUGAGGGCGUGCACUCGUGCGUCGUCACCCUAGCCGCGGAUGAGCCGCUCAUGGCGGCGCAGACGACGUCUUUGGAGCAGCGGCACGCGGCGUUCGCCGUCGCCUUAGCUCAUGACGCGCACCUCGUCGUUAGCCUUAGGGGGCUCGAUACGGGCGCGGCGCGGGAUGUGAGCGGUGUCCUAAGGGUCACGCCAGGUGGCAGCCGCGACGACGCAGAUGGUGAGGUGGAAGAACGAGAGUUGCUCUAUUUUGUAGCUAGCGAUGGUGGACUGCGGGUCUCCGAGCGAAGCCGGUAA